AUGCGCCUGAUUCACUUCGUCCUGCCUGCCUCCCUGAGCGGGGAAGAGUCAGGUGGUGACAGCGAGUUGAACGACGCCGCAAUUGGCGAGGCGGUCGCCAAUGAAACGACCACACCCGUGGCCGACGAGAGGAUGGUGGCGCCCUCUGCUGGCCCACCGGAGAGGAUGGUGGCACCCUCUGCUGCUACCAGGAAGCAGAUGCUGGAUGAGGCUCUGCUGAACUUCAUUGUGAAGGACUGCCAGCCCCUCAGCAUUGUGGAGAGUGAAGGGUUCUGGGAACUGGUGCAGGUCCUUGAGCCAUCAUAUGUUUUGCCCACCAGAAAGACUAUCAAAAAAAUACUGGUGAAGAAAUAUGAGGAGGAAUGGGAACGAGUGAAAUUGGAAGUACAGCAAGCUGUGGCAGUGAGUAUAACAGCUGACAUGUGGACAUCUGUAAACAUGGAGGCUUACUUGGCUCUUACCUGUCACUACAUAAAUGAUAAUUUGCAGUUGUGUACAUCUGUGUUGGGUGUGCAAUACUUUCCACAAAGUCACACUGCUGACAAUUUGGCCCAGGUCAAAAGGGACAUGAUGGCAGACUGGGCCAUAACUAAUGAAGUAAAGUGUUUUGUGACCGAUGCAGCACCAAACAUGAUUGCAUCCACUAGACAGCUCCAAAUUCGACACUCAAUUUGCAUUGCACAUAGUCUUAAUUUAUUAGUUAGAAAAUCAUGUGACCAGAUCCCCACACUUGCAUCCAUCAGACACAAAGCUAGGCACAUUGUCACAUACUUCAGAUCGAGCACUACAGCUAAGGAGAAGCUUGCUCAAGUGCAGCAACAGAUGGGACGGCCAACCCUGAAACUCAUCAAUGAGGUGGCAACACGCUGGAACAGCACAUAUGAAAUGCUGUCAAGGCUACAUGAUGAGAAGGAGUCAGUGUGGGUAUCGCUGGCCUCUCUAAAAACAGAUUUGACUCCACUUACAGCUGAUGAGUUUGACAUCGUAGGAGAAACACUUAUUGUGCUUGCUCCUUUCCAUCCAGCCACAGUGGAGUUGUCUGAGGAGAGGCGAGUGUCAGGGUCAAAGGCAUACCUGCCAACCCUACCGGUUUUACGGGUAGACUCCCGGAAUUCAGCGCCUCUCCCGAUAACCUCCCGGAAGAAAUUUUCUCCUGAUAAACUCCCGGAAUUCAGCCGUAGCUGGAGGCCACACCCCCUCCAGCUUCAUGCGGACCUGAGUGGGGACAGCGGCGACAGUCUGUUUUCACGUCCGCUUUCCCACGAUAUAAACAGCGUGCCUGCCCAAUGACGUUAAAACUGUAGAAUGAUCGAGGGCGAGUUCUUGGUUUCUUAUGUGGGUUUAUUGUUAGGCAGUAUCAUUAACGUCCUCCCAGCGCGGUAACAACACACAACAACAGCAGUCACGUUUUCGUCUACCGUAAAGCAGUUUGUCUGCCGUAAACAGCAAUGUUGUGACACUCUUAAACAGGACAAUACUGCCAUCUACUGGAUAGCC